AUGGAAGAGAGAGGUACUUGGCGAGAAAAGGUGCUUUGUUUCAACUGGAAUUUCCAAAUGUCCUCAGCAUCAUCCUAUGGGAUUUCAGGAGCUCAGAAUGAAGGCCUCAAGAAAUUUCCUUGUCCGGGAUAUACAUCUUUUACGAUAAAAUUGGACGCAGCAAUAUCUGCAAAAUCCUCUCGGUUGAAGUUUAACGCAAUAUCAGAGGAACAACAAAAAGAAUUAAAAAAAUAUCCCUGUUCAAAAUGCAAUAGUGUAUUUAGUUACAAAGGUGGACUUAAAUAUCACGAAAAAUUUGAAUGUAGCCAACCACCACGUUUUUAUUGUAUCUAUUACGACAACGAUGGAAUUAAUCCUUAUGACUUUCUAAACGUAAAGAGGUCUUCAAAAGAUGGUGCGAAGUUUCCUUGUGCAAGUUGUUCGAGUGUCUUCAGCCGAAAGGAUAAUUUGCAGUAUCAUAUUAAAUUCAAGUGUAAUCAGCCUCCUCGAUUUCUCUGCGGCUACUGCAAUUAUAAAACCCGACAUCCUUCAAAUGCUCGGGCUCAUAUUAAAAGGAAACAUCCUGACAAAGAAGUUUACUUUGUCGAUACUUUUCAACAAGGGGAUUCCUAAUUCGUUGUAAAAUGCAUUCUUGAGCUCUCAACGUCUCUCUGUGUACAUUCAUGACAUACAUAAUUAAUAGUAUUAUGGUUUAUAUUGUAUAAUUUGUAAUAAACAAUUAUUAAGACUUUUUU